AUGGCGCCUGGGGACGGCAUCACGAUGCCGGGCGCCGCGCCCUCCAAGCCCGCGCCGUUCGCCGACUACGAGACGGACGAGCCGCCCAAAGCCGACGCCGAUACACGAAAGGCUUGCACCAAUUCAUCUAUUGGGUCCACGUUUAAAUUGGCAGCGCGAGCCGGAGGCGUCGGAGGGCGCGAGGGCGAGGGCGAAGGCGGAUGCGGGGGGGGGCGGGGCGGGGCGGAGGGGCGCGCCAAGGGCGGCUGGCUGGGCGGCAUCCUCACCAAGCUGUCGCUGCGCGCGCCCAACCAGAUGAUCCUGCCCGACGACAAGAACCCCACCAUCGUGUGGGACGCGGAGCAUAAGCGCUGGCGCAACCUGGAUUCUGACGGCGAGGAGGCGCCGCGCCCUCCCCCGCCGCCGCCCGCGCACCCGCACGCCCCCGCCCUCGCCCAACAGAGCGGUGCAGCCGGGGCACCGGGCGCGCCGCCCGUCUCCAACAUCUUCAAGAUGCAGAAGGGAAGAAACCUGAAGAAGUCGUACGUGGACGUGCUGAACCCGGCGGGCGCCUCGGCCCGCGCCCCUCCCCCCGCCGGCUCGCUGCCGCCCGCCCCGCCGCCCGCCCCGCCCCAGGGCUACUUCGUGCCGGCGCCGCUCGCUCAGCAGGGUGACUACUACGACGGAACAAUGGCUACAGGUGAUGGGGAGCCAUAUCGCAGCGGCAUU